UCGCAGGACGGCAGACGAGACACGCUGGGAGGCCCAGCCCAGUCCGAAUCCCACAUCCUGCCUUUCGUGGAUGACUAGUGGACUUGGUGCUAUCGUGCUAGUGCUGUACAUUCAGACGAUGAAACUUCCAUGUGAGAUUGGUCUCUUCUUCUUCGCGCUUAUUCAUCGCACCGUGGCGCUGGUGGGGGAACAUGUAUGCACCAAGCUUGAGCCAGCUAGCAUAGGCGUUAACGUUUCAUAUAUGUAUCCCUACCGACACGAAAGGGAAAUAAAUGGCACAAUUGCGUGGAGGAACAGCGUGAAGGUGGCUUACAGGACAGAGGUGAGGAGGGUGUACAUACAAGUUGAGGAGUGUUGCAACGGAUACGAGGCGACGAAGCAAAACACGUGCAAGCUGCAUUGUCGCAUCCCGUGCUUCCACGGCGAGUGCAAGCAACCUGAUACAUGCAACUGCGACCCCGGCUGGACGGGGAGUUAUUGCGGGAUUCCGUGUCCCUGGGACCGCUGGGGACCAGAAUGCAGGAAUCAUUGCACUUGCCUCAACCGCGGGGUUUGCGACCCAGUCGAUGGGUCGUGCAGAUGCGACACCGGAUGGAUGGGAACAUCUUGCCAGCUGCCAUGUCCCCCGGACCGCUGGGGAUACGGAUGCAAGAAUCACUGCAAUUGUGCCACCACCCACACUUGCGACCCCUCGAACGGGAACUGCACUUGCGCGGCUGACUGGACGGUACGACCCACACAACACUCUUCCACUCUCCUCUGA